UAAUAAUAAUCAUGAUAAUAAUUUUUAUAAUUAUAAUAAAAAACUAUUUCAGGCUCAUGUUUCAUCGUUAUCUUAUCAGCAAGUUACGUUACGCAAUAAUUCAGUCAUCGCGGAGGACGAACGGUGCUCGGUUCGUUUAAAAUGUAGUCGAGCCGAAGAGUUGUCAGUUGGUGAAGAAAGGCUGGUACAAGCGCUUAACUGUAUAAAGAAGAAUAAUCCGGGAAGAUCGGCAGGAUGAUCUUCGCAUCACCAGCAGUGGUACCCUCGGGGUUCACUUGCUCGGGGGAUGAGAAAACGAACGGAAGAAAACAGUGGUACGGAGACAAGGUGGUGCGGGUUAAAAAAAGGACAAGGGGUGUCCUGCUGGCGUCACCCUCCUGGCGUCGAGACUCCCGUCGGCGUCGCAACGCCGUCGGGACGAGCACCGAGGACCGACGGACGAGGCUGUCUGACUGGCGCCGCGGAUUGGACUUUGCUUUGACGCCAGCUAAACCGUCGCGCCGAACAGGCGACUCCUAUCCCAAAUUUCUUAGUCAACGCUGGCACCACAACUGUGGCGUCCAGGAUUCCCAGCUACUGGCUUAAGAGGAUAAGGACAACGAGGGGUACAAUGAGUCGAUGGCGACGACGGCUCUGGUAUCCUUCCUUACGAUUAAGCAGGGAGAUAAAAUAAUAUCCAUGUACGGUUGACGGAAUUGAGAGGGACAAAUUGGCGCCUGGCGUUUUCUUCGCGAUACCAGUGCUAGUACUAUUACUAGUAUUCUGGAUUCUGGCGAUGAUCAUGGGACGCCAAGUGUUUUGACGCGCUGUUAUACUACCGUUCUUAUAUAUUAUACAUUAUGCAGGG